UAUAUAUUCACAUUACCUCCCACAUGCAGCACAAGCCAUGACCCAGUUAUGGGCGCUUCCAGACUUCGAUGUAAAAACUGUCGGGCAACCGACUCUCGAUGUGACAAGACCAAGCCUUGUGGAAUGUGCUCUCGUCAUGGCCUUGAAGACUGUGCCUACGACCAAUCACGUCCCAACCAUUCUUGCGACUCCUGCAGCCAUGUUGGACGACAUUCACGAUUCAAUGGUCAAACUCUCUGUUCCAAGUGUGCUAAACCAAUGAUACUAGCACGACGCAGGCCUACUUUUAAGAGCUGCAGGUAAGCGGAAGUUAGGGUCUUAUGGCUUCUUGAACUCAAUAAAAUGCAGUGGUGGGAUAAUCGAUUGUACACCUGUAAAUAAACAAAGAUUCGACAAGGAGCGAGAGGAGACAUCCGAUGCAACCCCCCGUAUUGCA